CCGUCAUCCUCUAGUGGAAUCCAUGAAAUAGUGAUCGGAGAAAGAGAUUAUCUUCGGUGACUAUAUUGCCCUAUCAAUCGCAGCUGCAAAUCGACGAAGACAAGGGCACACCCGCCUUCGACGAUUUCUGAGAAGCCACCCAUCCACUUCUUAGCAUUAGCAUCUUAACACAAUUCUCAAUCAUGUCUUGGUGCACUAUCGAGCCUGAUCCUGGUGCAGAGCCGACUAAUGAGGAGCAUUGUGAGACAGUUGGUAAAGAAGGGUGGUAUAUACUUGACGAAAAUCAACAGCAUGUUGGUCCCUAUGCAAUUUCAGAGUUGCGUGAGCAUUUCUUAAACGGCUACCUCUUAGAAACCACCCUCGUCUGGUCUCAAGGAAGAAGUGAAUGGCAGCCACUGUCCUCAAUCCCACAAUUGUUGUCAGGAAUUUCUCAACUCGGGGCUGCUUAUUCCACUGCAGAACCCCACAAGGAUCUCAAGGAUCAUGAUCAGGUGGCAAGACAGGAGGCAAUAGAAUCCACCAGCUUGGAAAGGGGAUCUCUUCCCAGCUAUGAACAGGAAGUACCUUCCAAUGUUGAUGAUGAGUUUGAGAAAUGGCAGAGAGAGGUUAGAGAGGCAGAGUUAGAGGCAGAAAAAUUGAAAAACGGAUCUGUUUCCAGCAAUGUCGGCGGUUGCUCGGGUGGUGUUGAUGAUCACGAUGGAGUUCCAGCAUCCCCAGAUGGGGAGGAAGAAUUCACUGAUGAUGAUGGUACUACAUACAAGUGGGAUAGGAGUCUUAGAGCAUGGGUUCCUCAGGAAAACAUUUCAAGCGGAAAUGAGCAAUAUAGGGUAGAAGAGAUGACUUUCUUGGAAGAAGAGGAAGUCUUUCCAACCGUGAAUGUUGCUGAUGCAUCUGUAAAGGAAGACAUUAUGGAGGAUCAAGUUGAUGACACCAAUAAGGUAGCAGAAGCAAAACAUAAUGGCAAGAGAAAACAGCCAGACAAGGAAGAGGAAAAGAAGGAAGCCAAUAAACCUCCUGAUACUUGGUUUGAGUUGAAAGUCAAUACGCAUGUUUAUGUGACUGGGUUGCCUGAUGACAUCACUACAGAGGAAGUGGUGGAGGUAUUUUCCAAGUGUGGAAUAAUCAAGGAGGAUCCUGAAACAAAAAAACCUCGUGUCAAAAUCUAUGUGGAUAAAGAGACAGGAAGAAAGAAGGGUGAUGCACUUGUAACAUAUCUUAAGGAACCAUCAGUUGCUUUGGCUAUUCAAAUUUUGGAUGGAGCUCCUUUUCGUCCAGGUGGAAAGAUCCCUAUGACUGUCACCCAAGCUAAGUUUGAGCAGAAAGGGGAUAGGUUUAUAUCCAAGCAAGUAGAUAACAAAAAGAAAAAGAAGCUGAAGAAGGUUGAAGAGAGGAUGCUUGGCUGGGGUGGCCGUGAUGAUGCAAAGGUGACAAUUCCAGCUACUGUAGUUCUUCGUUAUAUGUUCACUCCUGCGGAAAUGAGGGCUGAUGAAAAUUUAUGUUCAGAAUUGGAAGCAGAUGUUAAAGAGGAAUGUGAAAAGCUUGGUCCAAUGGACUCAGUCAAGGUACGGAAACCAGAACCUGUGUUUCAGGUUCUGGUUCCAGUUCCAAAUUCCAGGAACCGGCCGGUUCUGGUUCCGAUUCCAUGGAAAUUGGGUGGGUACCCAGACCUGCCCACCCCUAUUUUAUUGAAACGUUUCUUGAAUUUUUUGAGACUAAUACAAGAUAUCAAUGCAUGGCAGGCCUUUAAUUUUCUCAAAAUUUAUUCAAUUUACUAUGUCCUAACUUCUUGCAGUUAUUCUAGCCAGUGAAGUUUAUGUGUUCCUAUUCUCUCAUAAUCUGUAUCUUCCUUAGACUUGGUACUAGAAAGGAUUGUUUCAUUCCUAGGAUGGUCCUGAACUGGUUCAGAAGUUGUAGUUUCUCGUGUAGACGUUGAUUGAUUCUCUUUAGUUCCAUUGGUUUUCCUAUGUUUGCUGUUCUUUCUGGUGAAUCUUUUCCUUUUUUCCAUAAGUACGAACUGUUAUUAUCUUUUAUUUGUUUUAAGCAUUUUC